AUUAAGGGUAAAGAAAACAACCCUUCCCACAUUUUUCUGCUUCCCCACUCUCAAAGGGUCACACUCUCUUUACUUUCGUUAGAACUUAGAAAAUAAACCAAAAUCCAGAACAACCUUUGUGAACUCCGUUUGUCUUUGUUGUUUCCUGACACACCCUCCACAAUUACUAUCUGAACCCACUACCCUCACUCAAUCUUCAUGAAUCUCAACACCAACCUCUUUAACUUUUAACAAUUCAAUCUUACACCAAACAAAAAUCCCAUUUUCACCUCAUUUUUUGGUCUCUAAUGGCUUCUUCACCUUUAUCAUUAACAUCCCCAUUCUAUUUCACAAAACCCCACCAAAAAAUUUCACUUUUCAAACCCCAUUCUCUAAUCCUAAACACAAAACCAAAAACCCUUCAUCAUGGUUGUUCUCCUAUUUUCACACAUUCUCUUGCAAAAAUAGCUCAUACCCAAAUCAAAGUUUCAUCUAAGGAAUGUUUAGAUGCUAUUGAUGAACCAGAAAGAUUGAUUUUUGAUAAUGAAAAACCGGUUAAAUUUGCUUUCUGGGUAAUUUUCUGGGCUUCUAUGUCUUUGGCUUGGUUUGCUUAUUCAAAGGAUGCUAAUGCUGCUGUUGAUUCUAUUAAAGCUUCUGGAUUUGGAUUGAAGAUUGCAAAUUCUUUGAGGCAAUUGGGUUUGCCUGAUUGGGUUGUUGUGUUUACUCUUGCUACUCUUCCUGUUCUUGAGCUUCGUGGAGCUAUUCCUGUUGGUUAUUGGUUGCAACUCAACCCUGCAACUUUAACUGUGGUUUCCAUUCUUGGGAACAUGGUACCUGUGCCAUUCAUCAUACUGUACCUGAAAAGAUUUGCAUCUUUCCUCGCUUCUAAGAGCCCUUCAGCAUCACGAUUCCUCGACAUUCUGUUUAAGAAUGCCAAAGAUAAGGCCGGACCAGUGGAGGAGUUUCAGUGGCUUGGUCUGAUGCUGUUUGUCGCGGUCCCAUUUCCGGGCACAGGAGCAUGGUCUGGAGCCAUUAUAGCAUCUAUUCUUGAAAUGCCGUUUUGGGCAGCGGUGUCUGCGAAUUUCUUUGGUGUUGUAUUUGCAGGGCUGCUCGUAAAUUUGAUUGUGAACCUUGGUAUGAAGUAUGCAAUCAUUACCGGUAUCAUCCUUUUCUUUGUUUCGACAUUCAUGUGGACCAUCCUUAGAAAUCUUAAAAAAGGAUUGAGUUCAUCAAAUUGACGUUUUAAAAUGCCGUUUGUAGUUUUCCGUAUCAAUACAAAGACCUUUGUUAGAAGAUUUCUUAUUCAUUCUAUUCAUUGGUUUUUAUGAGCUUAUAUUUAUGUAAAUAAUAACAUGUAAGAUUGAAAUGGCUAACAUUUUGUGUACAUCCAUAUAGUUUUAAAUUGCGACCGUAAUAUUUAGGUUUUAGUGGUCUCCACAACAGCAUCGCAUCGCAAUUGCGGCCGCAUCCUGUUCAAAAAAUAAAAUAACUUAU